UCGUUUUCUCCUCCACUUUCCCUCCAUCCCCGCUUCACAAAAUCACAGCCCCCAAACCUGCUUGGCCGCUGCUUCCUUCAGACGAGAUCCCCAAUCCACCACAUCACUCGGAUCCCGCAGCCUCCACAUCCAAUCCAACUGAAGAAGGCCACCCCCGCCCCGCACCACCAGCCAUGGCGCCGCCGCCGCCCAAUCCCAAGCCCGCCACUCCCCCCGACUCUUCCACCAGCAAGAAGAAGGUCACCCCCGCGGAGGUCGCAUUCCUCGUCGACCGCUACCUCGCCGACAACGGCUUCAACGCCGCGCUCGCCGCAUUCCGCUCCGACGCCGGGCGCAUCUACAGCCCCACCAAGAAGACGCCCAAGAGGCCUCCCAUCCCGCUCGCCGACAUCCUUGACGAGUACAUCGCCCUCAAGGGGGCCAGCGUCGCCAUCGAAUCCACCAUGCGCGCCAUGCAAUCUCUCGUCUCCACAUACUACGCCUCCUCCUCGUCCACUCCGCCGCCUGUUCCGCCCCACGUCAAUAUGAAUAUGAACAUGAUGAUGAUGCCUCCCCUUCCCCCGUCUCACGCCGUUACCGGUGCCCAGCCGUCAUCGCCGCCGCUCUUCUUCGCGCCGAAUUCUUCGUCGCCUCCGUCCCAAGGAACCGCCGGACAUGCCUCGCCUCUCAUUCAUCACUACGCUCAUGCAUCCACCGCAGUCCUUGUCCACAACUCCUCCGCAGAUCUGUCCACCCAAGCUCCCACCUCUCUGCCCACUAAUAAAAAGAGGAAGGCUUCAAAGUCUUCAGGGAAGACCACCGCUUCAGCCUCCAAGAGAUCCUGCAUUGCUCCUGCUACAACCACAGAUGCAAAAGGUAGAGCUGUACCUGUAGCCUCUCAUCUGUCGAAGGAUCAGAAGAUGGCUUCUGCUGCCCAUCCAACUUCUGUUCAACAUUCAGCUAUGACAAAACUUCCACUCCAAACUUCAUCUGUUGCAAAGAGCUUAUUCAGGCCACUUCCACCUCCAGCCCACUCUUCUCCAUAUACGCCGCAACAAAGCAACCCUGUACAAGAUCAGCCUGCUGCUUAUCCAUCUGCAACUCCAGCGUCUGCCGUUGCAAAUGCUCAUGCCCAACAGGACAUUGGCUCCUCCCAAUGCUCUAUAGUUUCUUCCAAGACUCUCAUCGUCAGUCCUCUCAAAGGGAGCACGUACUAUGCUGUUGAGAGGAGUUACCAUGUCAGCUCCCCCUUGAAACCAACCAUCCGCAGCUCCCCCUUGAAACCAACCACCUGCAGCUCCCCCUUGAAACCAACUACCCGCAAGUUGGACUUCGAUUGUACUGAGCCAGGUCCCAGUGAUCAGAUUUAUGACAAGACCUCUACCUCCUCUGACGAAGACAAGCAAUAUGACUUUGACAUUGAUUUCACAAAUUUUGAUAUAUGUGAUGGUGAAUUUUCGUUUUCUGAGCUGCUGCUUGACUUUGAUCUUGACAACGAAGGUGUUCUGAACCCUUCCACAAGCGCUGAAGUUCAAAGACUAGAGCCUGUUGGUCAUAUGGCAGAAGAUCCUGUUCUACCUGAUUCAGUGAAGCCAGUGGCAGCAGAUUCUGCUGAAGAUUUGAAUCAACAAGCAGGAGCAACCUCUGUUACUUCUGUCAGGGCUAUUACAAAGAGGAUAAAGAUUGUCAGCCCUGUCAAGGGCAGGCCAGCUUCUUAGAGCAGCAGGUAGAAUUUCAGAUCACCAAAUCAGGUGCAACAGCACGUGACUAACCGACAUUCCCUAGAUGGUCUGAUAAUCCAUGACAGUAGUUGUGCGUGACCAACUGCCCUGCAUUGAGGGCAUUUUCAGCACCGAAAGAACUAAGUGGUGCAUCUGCUUACUGUAGCAUGAUUGUAAUGUUAUGUUGUUUUGCUGCGUCUGUUAGCGAUUUAUGUUCAUGAUGUAAAGGCUAAUAUUGCAUUGCUACUUAGUUAUCAUAAGUUUGCUGCUCAGAUCGUGCCCGUCUAUUGACUACUAGAUGUUCGGCCCAAGGCAUUUCGUGCCUUGUGCUGCUGUUAUUCAGAAGUUGUUUGCACA